AUGCCAGUGUUAUACUACGCGAUUACCAGUACUCCCGACGCGUUCGCGGCAGUAUGUGUCGACAGCGAAGGUAACCUAUGCUAUGCCAACAUGGGUACUUCGGCUAGCGACGUUAAGACCAUCAUGGCGCGCGAUCUUUCCGUGGUUCCCCAGUAUCAACUCACGUCUCACUUGCCACCAGAUAACCCAGCCAUUGCCGAAACAAUUAGCCAGUUCGAGCAUGUCUUAGCCAACCCUGCUCUGCUGGCCACUGUCAAGGUGAAAUACAUUCUUGGCACCCCCUUCCAACGCCAGGUGUGGGAUGAACUUCGCCAAAUCGAAGCUGGCACCACGACUACCUACGCCGCACUCGCAAAGAAACUAAACACUCAUCCGCGAGCAUUGGGCAGCGCGGUGGGUGCCAACCGAAUUGUCAUUGUAGUUCCGUGCCACCGGGUGUUAGGGUCGCAAAAACACCUCACUGGGUUUCGUUACGGUGUCGGCAACAAGGAGUAUCUUCUUCGCAAGGAGCUAGGCUCCUCGUAUGAUACAAUUGUCACUGCUCACUAG